UGUUGAAUCUCUAUGCAAUUGGCCUCCAAAAGGGGGAGAGAAUCGAGAGAUUCUGGUUUUGGCCGGUGGAAAAGAUCUCCUUUUUCCACUUUUCCGACGACUCAAGCCACCUCCCUCAACCCUAAAUCCUCCCCCAAUUUGAAUUCACCCUCCUCAAUUUCCCCCAAUUUCGACCAGGACUUGGAUCCGGAUUCAUUUUUCGCCACCGGCGAAACGAGAAUUCCGACAAAAGGGAAUUAGGGUUUUGAUCUCGAAUCCCCCCUUUUUCCGCAGCUAUGAAUUCGGAUCCAAGUCUGAUCCACUACUGCUGCAUUGCGAAAUCAACCACCAUAUUAGCCGAAUUCAACUCCAAGGACGCCGAGCUCGGCGCGAUCGCGGCGAAAUGCCUCGAGAAAACGCCGCCGCUCCACGCCACCUUCAGCCACACCGUCCGAUCGCAGACAUUCGCCUUCAUGAUCGACGAUCCGUUCGCCUAUUUCCUGAUCUCCGACGAGAAAUUGAAGAAAUCCGAGGGUUUGACGUUUCUGGGGAGCGUGAGGGAUGCUUUCGUUAAGGAUUUCAACGGUGUUAGCAAGCUGGAGAGGCUGAGUUCCCAUUGCUUCCAGGGCGAAUUCAGCCCUGUUUUCCGGCAGCUGAUUGGCCCGGCGUUGUAUCACAUGGAUGGAAUUGAGUCCCCAAAAGGGCAGAGAAUGGGGGAAAAUGGGAGCUUUCAAUACGGGUCGGGUCCAAUUCGCGGAAGGAGCAGGCUCAGUGUGGAAAAUGGGUCGAGCAAGAUGAAGAAGAAUGCAUUGCUUGAGGAAUUCAAGAUGGAUGGGAGAAGAAAUGGGGAGAGAGAGGUUGAUGACAGCAGUGGCAACGCCACCCCCCUUUGUCCGAGCCCCGGGUUCAGUUCGACCUCGCAUAAGAACAGAGGGCUCUAUUCUGGGGAACUGAAUUGCCAGCAAAAGGCUAAGAAGGUUUGGAAGAAGCAAGUUUGGGUGAUUCUUUCGCUCGAUUUGAUCGCUUGUGCAAUCUUGUUUGUUGUAUGGCUGUGGGUUUGCAGGGGCCUGAAAUGCAUGGAGAGCUGAAAUAGCUUUGGUUUGAUUACAUUUGGGUGAUUUCUUAUACUUGGUGAUAUAUAAUAUGUUGGUUGAGUUUCUUUGUUGAAAUGAAAAGCAUCCAUUUCCUGUUAUAAUGCAGGACUGGUAUCCCUUGUGUAUUUGAUGUGAUUAUUGUGCUUCAAACUUGUGUAUACAAACUCGUUUUAAUAGGAUUCCCAGCCUGUUUAUGGAGGUUUUUGAUGAUGGAGUGGAUUGAACGCCUGGUAAGUUGCUGGGCUCUAUUGCUUUGUCAGUGGUGGGGCGAAUCUUGGCCUUGUGUUUGAUCUGCUGCGUUGUUUUGCUCGGUUUGGUUGUGGCUGUCAGAUGAAACACCAACUGAGUUGCAGGAUCUGAAUUGUAUUUGUGCUUUUUGAGUCUUGUAUAAAUCGAGUUUUUCUUCUUGUUGGUUGUUGUCACGCAAUAUGUUUUUGGAUCCCGUGUUCCUGUUUCUGGUUCGCGUUGAUCUUGUUUCUGUAUCGCAUCACAACUUUCAAGUAUAAACGCGACUGGUAAUUUGUCA